AUGUUGAGUACUCGUCAAGAUGACAAGUCUCCUUGCGAAUUGUCUCUCGCCUGCUGCACGCACCAGCCCAUGCCGGCGGCUGCUAAAAUCCAGUGCCACGUCUCUGGACGGAUUGUGCACAGCUUGGGCAAAGAUGCGAAGAACGCCUGUAGACGCGACGCGAAAGAGGCUCGCCUUCCCUUUAAAUACACCACUCUAGCUAUGGAGGGAGAUUCGAUUUGGCUGGUCUUUAUCUGA